AGGAGAGGGGAAAACCAAGAGGAAGAAGGGGGGAGAAGACAGCAGCAUUAACUAGGUGUGGAGAGUUCCUGGGAGGUCACGGUUUUUCCUCUGACUGCUUGGCGUUUCAGUUCCUGUGUUCCGGCUGGUUUCUGGUAUUCUCUCUCCUGCCACUCGUUACCUCGCCCCUGAGGACUGAACUCUGCUCUGCUGCUGCUGUGAGCUGGACUUUGGUAGAGACUUUUACUGCCGUUGGCCGCGCCCCCUUGCGGGGUCAAAGGGCGACGGUUUCGUCUGCUGCAGUCGUACAGAGCUUCAUUAUUCCUGCCGUUUCCUCCGCGAUGGCCGAGCUGAUGGAAAACCCGGCGUUCCGGGCCUUCGCCACCCACGCCGCCAUCGUCGUCCUGAAGAUGCUGCUGCUGGCGCCGAUGACGGCGUUCUUCCGCUUCAAGAACGGGUCCUUCUCUAACGAGGAAGACGUGGCGGGGAAGUCGGAGCAGGAGAAGAAGAAGAUGAUGAAGACGGAUCCAGACGUGGAGCGAGUUCGCAGGUGCCACCUGAACGACCUGGAGAACAUCGUUCCCUUCGUGGUCGUCGGCCUCCUCUACGCCCUGACGGGUCCGGAUCUUUCCUCCGCUCUGCUGCAUUUCCGCCUCUUCACCGGGUCCAGAGUCUUCCACACCGUGUCCUAUGUGUGGGCUCUGCCUCAGCCCUGCAGGGCGCUCUCCUUCCUGCUGGGGGUGCUGGUGGUCGUCUCCAUGGCCUAUCGGGUGCUCAGCGCCACCCUGCUCCUGUAGGGGGCACACCACCGUACGGGGUGCACCACCCUGCUCCUGUAGGGGGCGCACCGCCGUAGGGGGCGCACCGCUGCGCAUAACUGCAGCUCAAUGUCAAUGUUUUCCUGUUUUCAUUUAAGCUGCAUUCAUCUGAACCGAUUGUUUUUAACGUUUAAUGCUAGUAAAAGUUUUGUCUCA